GUGGUAGAGCCGCUAUUGCCGCUGCCAUUGGUGUGUCAGUGAUUCGAGGCGGCUUGCUGCUGGUGCUGCUACCGCGAGAAUUGUUCAGUCGCAAGCUUGGUACAACAAUUACCAGGGCUCGAUUCCGAUAGGACGCGAGUUUCACGUCGGCAGCUCCGGCGACGAGUGCUCUCAGAGGAAGCCAAUGGCAGCCGAAGCAGAGGAGAAGCCUCGAGGAACCGCGAUGAGCGGCUUAGAUAUCGUGCACCAUUGGCUGCACGUAGUUCGAGAAUCGUACGAUGCAACUCUGAGUGGAGGAGACUAUCGUACUUCCUCAUGGCCGCUCAUGGACUCACCGCUCCCAACCUUGGCCAUUUGUCUCUCUUACGCAUACUUCGUGAAGGUUUUAGGACCUCGGUUAAUGGAAGGCCGCGAGCCGUUGAACAUCCGAUGGCUGAUGGUCGCUUAUAACUUCUUCAUGGUUAUCGUUUCGGCCUUGAUUUUCGGCCUGCUCGGAAUCUACGGCUGGUUCGGGACCUACAAUUGGUACUGCCAACCUGUUGACUACAGCGAUUCGAAGGAAGCCGUUCUGAUGACUCAUCUCGCCUGGUGGUACUACAUCUCCAAAUUCGUGGAGUUCGCUGACACGUUAUUCUUCGUGGCUCGGAAAAAGUUCUCGCACAUCUCAACCCUACACGUCAUUCAUCAUGGAAUGAUGCCCAUGUCUGUCUGGUGGGGAGUGAAGUUCACGCCCGGAGGACACUCAACGUUCUUUGCUUUCGUCAACUCGCUGGUGCAUGUUCUCAUGUAUUUCUACUACGGUUUGGCAGCUAUCGGACCGCACAUGCAAAAGUACCUCUGGUGGAAACAGUAUAUGACUUCGUUCCAAAUGGUGCAGUUCAUCGCUAUUUUCGUGCACUCGUUCCAACUUCUGUUCCGUCCCGAUUGCGACUACCCGCACGGCUUCAUGUGGUGGAUCGGUUUCCACGCAGUGAUGUUCUGGUGUCUCUUCGCCGAUUUCUACCGGAACGCUUACUUCAACAAGAAGCUUGCCGCGUCGACGUCCGUGGGGAACGGGGCGAGUGGAAACGGCAAGCAACAUAAUCAUGCCAACGGCAACGGAACGAAGAAUAAGGGAGCGCCGAACGGGUACUGUCACCUCAACGGACUCCACGACGAUGUCGACGAGACGAAGCCUGUCCUCAGUAGCAAUGGCACGCAGAACAGCAAGAUGGCGGUCACGAAUGGAGGACCUAAGACGAGAGCCCGAGUCAAGAAAGUGGAGUGAGAGAUUGACGAGCUAUCCGUGGAAGAAGAGGCUUUCUCGGUUAUCACUCGUCGGAUCGUCGUGCACUGCGACGAGGCUGGUCCUCGUUGCUCUCUUACCGACAGAACGGAUGUAACUGUAACUUUUUAAGUGAAAUAUUGAUCAAUCGCUGAAACUUGGUGAUGGCGCGACGGAUUGAUAAGAAAUGACUGCGGCUAGGUGGCUGAUUGGUUUAUAUAUACAUAGAUUGAUUGAAUGACCGAUUGAUCGACUACCUUGCUUAUACCUAUCAAAGAAUUAUCCGAGCAUAGAGAGUGAUAUGAGAAGUAUUCCGCCUCCGAUCAGUUAGCGAGUCAUUUUAUUAUUAUCAUUAAUAUUAACUGACUCACCAGUAUAUUUAGCUUCGAUCUUCGCCCGCCACUUGAACGUUAUGAAUAGUUAGAGGAUUUCCAAGGGACCACUUGAGUUGAAGCUGUUUUUAUCAUGCGCAGGACUUUGAACUGUGUAAGCAGAACUGUGAGGGCAGGGGAAUAUUUCCGGUCCUCCUCUGAAUCCUUCUGGAACGCUGAUGCUGCCAGGCUCUAGUCAAACGGCACCAAAGAACCGACGAGGCGAGCUUUCUCACUGGACCGAUUUAUUCGUUCGAGGAAUUGAAUUUCGAAUCCGAAGAAACCGCUAUGAUCGCCCGAAGUACGUCAUCUAUGGAGUGUUGAUACUACGAUUCUAGUCGACCAAUCCUCCCUUGUGAAUAGGGAGCAGUCGCGGAAGAGGGGAAAAUGUAGGAAUCAAUCACCCUUGUCCAUAUGAAUAAAGAAAACCGCAACUCGAUCAUUA